UUUAUUUUCCUAAUGAAAGCUUAGUCUUGUAUAUCUAGCAUAGCAUAUAUCUGACUUCCAAAAGGAAGACAAAAUCCUCUGCGAGAGAGAGAGAGAGAGAGGCGGUGAUGUCUUCAAUUAGAUUCCUAUGGAUCCUGAUGGUGUCUUUGACGGCAUCAUGCGCGUUAAGCCAACCGCAGAAGCUAUCGGCGUACGAUGUUCUGAUGGAGUACGGGUUCCCGGUGGGUCUUCUUCCCAAGGGAGCCAUAGGGUAUUCGCUCAACAGAGACAGCGGCGAGUUCGCAGUGUAUUUCCAAGGAGCGUGCAGCUUCGACAUAGAGUCCUACACGCUCAAGUACAAAUCCACCAUCACGGGUGUUAUCUCCAAGGGCAGGCUCUAUAAUCUCAAAGGUGUCACCGUCAAAAUCUUGCUCCUUUGGCUCAACAUCGUCGAGGUCUCUCGUCAGGGGAACGAUAUUUACUUCUCUGUCGGAAUCGCUUCCGCUGAUUUUGGCGUCGAGAAUUUCCUCGAGAGCCCCCAGUGUGGUUGUGGUUUCGAUUGCAAAACACUACCCUUAAACGGUGACGUUUCCGUUUCCUCAAUUUAAUUACACUUUUUUUUUUGUGAUUCAAUUGCCCAACGGAUUAUUGUGUUCGGUUGCAAACUGUAGAUCUAUCUAGUAUCUAUCAUCUUCUUCUUUUUUCUUUUUUUUUUAAUGCUUUUUAAGUUAAUAAUUAGUCCUACUUUUUAUUAUCGGGGCAUUGUUUGUUUCCCUCCCUCAAAUGAUUUUCAGCAUAGGGGUUUCCGCCCUUUGUGGUACCGUUUUGCCUGAGAAUCCAAACAAAUGUCACUUGUUUCUGGCAGUACACUAUUAUUGUCUUGCCCAUAUCCGUCAUUUCGUUGGAUAUAUCGCUAUUUUUAUUUUUGUC